GCAGGCCAUCGCCCUGCAGACGGAGCAGAGGCAGGCCCUACACCACGCCUACAGAGAAAUGGAUCGAUUCCUGCUGGAGCAGAUGACCAGCGAAAGAAGGCAUCAUAGGAUGAUGGAUUAUAGAGAGCAGGCUCAACUACCAUGGAGGCAAAGACUCUCCCAGGACAGAUAAAAAGGAUAUAAAGUGUCCAACCCCCGGCUGUGAUGGCACUGGUCAUGUGACGGGCCUGUACCCACAUCACAGGAGUCUGUCUGGAUGUCCUCACAAAGUCCGAGUUCCCCCUGAGAUCCUGGCAAUGCAUGAAAACGUCCUCAAGUGCCCUACACCUGGGUGCACAGGAAGGGGCCAUGUCAACAGCAACCGUAGCACCCACCGGAGUCUCUCAGGCUGCCCCAUUGCCGCCGCAGUGAAAGUCUCCAAACCUCAAGAUGAGAGCCUGAAGUGCAGACAAACACCUGACCGCUCGCCGAGGGCAAUCAGCUUAAUAAAGAAGUUUGAAAUGAACCAACUGAACUACAGGCUAUCUCAUCCAGUAGCAGCCUUGCAAACCAGCCUCACAAAAGAAAUGGACAAGUACAGCCGAAUUCGCUUCGAUUAUGCCAGCUUUGAUGCACAGGUCUUCGGCAAACAGCCACUGCUCGGGACCAACCAAGACCAGGAAAUGUUGCAAUACCCUGACUCACCUCAGCAGUAUUCUGGCAUACUCGGAGCUUCGGGUGGCUGCGUGCCCAACUCUGGUCAACACAGUCCUCCGAGUCAAUUCAAAAAAGAAGACUGUCUCCAGGCCACUGCAGCGACAGCCGCCAUUCUUAACCUCUCCACUCGCUACCGGAAGAGCAUGGAAACCAUCAGCGGCCAGGCCUUGGCAACCUCAACCAAGGAUAUGCUAAUUGAGGUGGAUGAAAAUGGGACAUUGGACCUAAGCAUGAAGAAGUGCAAAGAAAAUGGAAAAGCCCGGGCCAAAACACCUUCGGACGAACAGCUGCUGCCUCCUGAGUCUGCCCUGGCGAAAGGCGGAAGUUUACUCAUCGGCCCCGCCUUCUACCAGCCGCUGUGUGACAGAGAAACCUGGGAGAACUCCAUCCCUGUCAACUUCAGCAAAGCACAUGUUUUACAGGACAAAGAGGAGGAUUACGAUCAGGUGUCCUUGGAGGACCAGCACUAUCCAGGGGACGGCAGUAUGUUAAGCUCCAAAGCCAAGCUGCUGCUACGGGAUUCAAAGAAGGAGCUUUUGAGCUGUCCGACCCCAGGCUGUGAUGGCAGCGGCCAUGUGACAGGGAAUUAUGCAUCACAUCGGAGUGUGUCUGGAUGUCCCCUGGCUGACAAAACUCUCAAAUCACUGAUGGCAGCCAACUCUCAGGAACUAAAGUGCCCAACACCUGGCUGUGAUGGAUCUGGACAUGUGACUGGGAACUAUGCUUCGCACAGAAGUUUGUCAGGUUGUCCACGUGCCAGGAAAGGAGGUUUGAAGCUCACACCAAACAAGGAUGACAAAGAUGAGCAGGAGCUUAAGUGUCCCGUGAUUGGAUGUGACGGGCAGGGCCAUAUAUCGGGGAAAUACACAUCCCAUCGCAGUGCAGGCAGUUGUCCGCUAGCUGCUAAAAGACAGAAAGAGUCGUCCAUCAAUGGCCUGCCCUUUGCCUGGAAGGCUAACAAGCAAGAAUUGCCCCAUUGUCCCUUGCCUGGCUGCAAUGGCCUCGGACAUGCCAAUAAUGUAUUUGCCACUCACCGAAGCUUGUCAGGGUGCCCGCUGAAUGCACAGAGCAUCAAGAAAAAACACUCAGAGGAGGAGAUGAUGACUAUCAAACUGAAAACCAGCAGUGGCGUUGAAAACAAAGAGGACAUUCACCAUCUGGAUCAUGAAAUCAAGGAAUUGAACAACUCAAAUAUGAAAAUUGAAGAAGACAUGAUGCACCUCCAAACACAGCAGAUCUCGUCGAUGGAAUGCAACCUGAAGACAAUUGAGGAGGAAAACAAGAUGAUCGAACAGCACAAUAACAGCCUUCUGAAGGAGCUUGCUCGCCUCAGCCAAGCUCUCAUUAACAGCCUGACAGACAUUCAGCUGCCUCAAAUGGGACCCAUCAGUGAGCAUAAUUUUGAAGCCUAUGUGAACACAUUAACUGAUAUGUACAACAACUCGGAGCAUGAAUACUCCCCGGAGUGCAAGGCCCUCUUGGAUAAUAUCAAACAGGCUAUUAAGGGCAUCCAUGUUUAAGCUGCAGAGCUACCAAGAGGUUCCUUUGACUUGGGAUAAUGGCACUAGAUAGCUCUAUUUCACUGAAGAGUGCUGGCUCGGCUGCAUGUAUAAGACAAGGCUUUUGGAAAUGUGUUCGGCAUUUUCCCGGUAAACACGCUGCACUGAGAAAAUUACCAGCCAGAUUUGUAAUGCUUUUACCGUUUCUGCAUUUAUCCUGGUGAGAUUUUUUAUUACGAUUAUUUUAUUUUUAUCCCCUCUUGCACUUAAUUAUUUUGUAUGAUUUGCUUGAUUUUAAUCUAUAUGUGUUUAUGUCAUUCUUAUAUUAUUGGUAUUUAUUACUAUAUUUGUUCCUCAGUGUAUUUAUUUCCUCAGAUUUUAUUUAUUUCUUGAACUGUAAAUGCUUAAUAUUUGAGAAAUCUGUUGGUUUUUCUGCACUUUGUAAAUUACACAAAAGCACAUUCCAGUUUUUAAUGGCAUACUUUCGCCAUCUAGUGUCGAAAAAGCUAGUCUAUUAUUACUCUUCUUAUUAGUUCAUGAGUUUAACUUCCCUUCAAAGAAAAAAAAAAACCUACCAAAACUAAGUAUCACCAGUUUUAGGCAUUGCUUUCACUUUUGUUAUUGGGAACUGAAUGUAUUAGACAAAGUGAGAUUAAAAAAAAUAUAUAUGAUAAUAAAACAAAAUGCAAUGCAAGAGUACUGUACCUUUUUAUACUCAAGGCGGGGUGAGAAUGCAGCAUCAUUUAGGGAAGCGAAUGUGAGUUUAUGCCCAAACGGAAGCGCAUCUAAAAGAAAAAAAAAAUCAAAAAUUCACUUUGUCAUGUUUUUUUUGUUGUUUUUUUUACAGAAAUAUAGAUAUUAAACUGCCUUCUGUGCACACACGCUGAAGUGUGCAUAUAGUAUGUGCCUAAAUGUAUAUGAAUCCAUGAAAAUAUACAAGUACUAUGUUUUGUGGUAGGACAGUAUUACGUGGAUGGUGUCUAAUUUAUUCUACAGUACAAUUAUUUUCAUAGGAGGACGAGUUCCUGAUGACUGUUUGAAAACUGGUGUUUCAGUAGCUGUAAUCUAUGAGUCAGGUUCUUAAAGUAUGACUGAGACUGAAUUUUUUUUUUUUCUUCCUCUUUGGCUUUUGUUUUACUCUUUUCUCCUCACAGGUCUUAGCAUUUCAACAGCUAUCAGAGUUUAAAUGUCCUAUUGGCACAUUUUAAUAACUAUUUUAAAACCGUGUCAAAAAACUGGCAAUUUGGUUUAAAUUAAUCAUCACAGAUAAACAGUCGUUACAGGCUGAUCAGUUGUUAUUUUGAGCAGCACUUUUGUACCAAUAUAUUUUAUGUCUCCAUUAGAUCAACAAAUAGAAAAAAGGGAACAUUGUAUUUACUUUACACCUCCAUAUAUUUUUAGUCUCUCAGUUUGAAAUUAAUCCAAGAGUUGGAAAUGCAUAAUAUUCAUUUAAGCAAUAUUUAUUUAAUUUUUAGUCCAAUGUAGCCUUGACGGUUUUAAAAGCAAACAUUGUAAUAGCAAAGGAGCCAAAUUGCAGAAAAUUGAAACCAUAUUUUAUCCAAACACAAUAAUUUUAAUCUUUUAAAAACCCAAUUAUGUUCUUUAAAUUUAAUCCUUUAUACGUUUUUUUUAAAAUUAUUAUUAUUAUUAUUCCUAUACCACACGUUGUUUGCUCAGGAAGUUUUGUGAAUAAUAUUUAUUUAUUUUUUUCUUCUCCCUGUUAGUAUUUGAUGUUUUGUAAUGUGAAAAUGCUCUUUUUGUGGAACGAUAUUAGUAUGAAAUUGUACUGUAUUUUCUUUUUUUUUUUUUCUUUCACAUUAAAAUGUAAUGGUUUUUUUCAGUUGGGGUAGUUUGUAAAAUGGAAACUUCCUAUUACUUUUACUAUUUCAUAAUAAACAGAUAUGCGCUGUGUUGUACAGUUUGUGUAUGGUAGAAAUAAACUUUUCAAACGGU